UGUCACCUCAUGGUCCGAGGUGGAGAUGGGUCAGUGUCACCUCAUGGUCCGAGGUGGAGAUGGGUCAGUGUCACCUCAUGGUCCGAGGUGGAGAUGGGUCAGUGUCACCUCAUGGUCCGAGGUGGAGAUGGGUCAGUGUCACCUCAUGGUCCGAGGUGGAGAUGGGUCAGUGUCACCUCAUGGUCCGAGGUGGAGAUGGGUCAGUGUCACCUCAUGGUCCGAGGUGGAGAUGGGUCAGUGUCACCUCAUGGUCCGAGGUGGAGAUGGGUCAGUGUCACCUCAUGGUCCGAGGUGGAGAUGGGUCAGUGUCACCUCAUGGUCCGAGGUGGAGAUGGGUCAGUGUCACCUCAUGGUCCGAGGUGGAGAUGGGUCAGUGUCACCUCAUGGUCCGAGGUGGAGAUGGGUCAGUGUCACCUCAUGGUCCGAGGUGGAGAUGGGUCAGUGUCACCUCAUGGUCCGAGGUGGAGAUGGGUCAGUGUCACCUCAUGGUCCGAGGUGGAGAUGGGUCAGUGUCACCUCAUGGUCCGAGGUGGAGAUGGGUCAGUGUCACCUCAUGGUCCGAGGUGGAGAUGGGUCAGUGUCACCUCAUGGUCCGAGGUGGAGAUGGGUCAGUGUCACCUCAUGGUCCGAGGUGGAGAUGGGUCAGUGUCACCUCAUGGUCCGAGGUGGAGAUGGGUCAGUGUCACCUCAUGGUCCGAGGUGGAGAUGGGUCAGUGUCACCUCAUGGUCCGAGGUGGAGAUGGGUCAGUGUCACCUCAUGGUUUGAGGUGGACAUUGGUCAGUGUCACCUCAUGGUUUGAGGUGGGUCAUUGUCACCUGGCUGAGGUGGGACUGAUGGGGGUCACUGUCACCUCAUGGUCUAAGAUGGAUGGGCGUCAGUGUCACCUCCUGGUUUGAGGCAGAGGUGGGUCACUGUCCCCUGGCUGAGGUGGGGCAGCUGUGGGUUGCUGUUAGCUCAUGGUCUGAGAUGGACGUGGGUCAGUGUCACCUCGUGG